CAGACACUGUCCGCCAUCUUGCCCUUCCUCGUCCUGACCAGAGAAAGACAAAUAACAGUUAUUCCACUGUAGAAGCGCGAGAAAGAUGCGAGGUUUGACAUUAUAAUACAUUGACUUCAGGACAGAGGGCGGUGCAGUCACUGACCACAUGGCUGAGCGCUGCUGUCUACUCACUGGACGUUGAUGUACGUGGCCAGAGGUCGCCACAGUCACCACAAGCCGAACUAAUAAUAGCACGGGGCCGGAAAUUCAAUUCAAUUCAACUUUAUUAUCUCACGAGGAGAAAUUACAAGACGUGGGAGCAGACGCUGCCUCCGACAAACGUGGUUCUGUACAGGGGAGACCACUGUCAACAAUGUCUAGUCAUCCGUCGUCUGCUCAGGUGAGCCACUCUCCUUUCCACCACGCUUAAAGUAAGCAGCGCCAAGAGGUGAAUUUUAUACUUAUAGAAAUCAUUUUAUUGCUGUACAAAUCAUUGUAUAAGUAUAUCAUGCAUUCUACAUUUAUACAAUUCCAUUCUAUAUGUAUACAAUGAGUUCUAUAAGUAUAUACAGUGUAGAGCUAUUAAGCUGCGGUGAUUGGGGUCCAAACUGCCUAACCGCAGCUUAAAGAUGUUUUGAUAAUUACAAUAAAUAAUUAAAAAAAAUGAAUGCUUUUUUUUAAUCACAAUUCUUUGUCAUGUGCUGACCCACGAGUCGCUAUUUUGAAAGUAGAGUCGUCAUCUCACGAUGGUGGACUCCAUAACAGUGACACAGCGUAGAUUAAACAGACAAAUAUUUGAAUUUCAUUCUAAUGUAUUUUAUUGUUUAAUGAUAAAUCAACACGUGUCAACACCUGUCAACACCUGUCUCAAGUGUUUGAGAGGUAAUGUCCAGGUCCCUACGAUCCAGAGUGUCAAAAAAAUGGAAUCCAAGCAUUUUGAGCUGUUAAAUUAAAUUCGCUGAUAACUGGACCGUGUCUUAAUGGACCUACAUGGUAUUUUAUUCUAUGCUUACACAAUGCAUUCUGUAAGUACAUUAUUUAUUCUAUAGCGAGAGAGAGAGAGAAGUAUUUCAUUUAUAACUGACUCGAUGUGGCUCCUCUCACUCACUUCCACAUUUGCCCGUUUAUCUGUGUGAAAUGUUGUGUCUCAUGUUCAUCAGUUCAUCUGUUACAAUAUUUCCCACCUCCAUGUGUGGAUUUCUGUGUCUGCGCCACUUUUCGUCUUUUCCUGCUUAUCUUCCAUUACUCAGAUUUUAGACUUAAACAUAGGUAGUGUCGACUUCAAAUUCUGAUUAACAUCCUGCAGCUCCGUGAGAAAGUUUUAAUAUCGAGCUUUUGUGCAAUACAGACAAGUCUGACAUGACUGACAUCAGGUAUCUUCAGGACCCUCAGCUGACAAUGGCCGUUAGUGUGUUACUCUCACGAAACUUGUGUUGAUGGAACGAUAUUUCUAUCUGCCGAAGUCGGGCCAUUGCACCGAAGAUUGCGAGAUCUUCCUCCUCCUCCUCCUCCUCCUCCUCCUCCUCCUCCUCCUCAUCAUCAUCAUCAUCAUCAUCAACAACAAUUCGCUUUCUACUGGUUUAGUAUAAUGCUUGUGCAGAUAUUUAAUGCCAUAUCCUGUGGAUUAUCAUCUCAGAGAUGUAUCUGUUGUUCAGUCUCAAGAAGUUCUCCUCUCACUGUAAUAACAAUCACAGGCACAGAGAUGUAAAGGAGGAGGAAGACCACAGAGUUGUAGAGGCCGUGGCCGGGUCAAAGUUUACCUACACGCUGUGACUGAUGAACAGGCGGCACUACUUACAGAUAAAGUGAACACACGCCCCCUGGAGGAGGUAAAGAAAACUACAGGCGCUGAUGUAGAGUUUGACCCCAACCCCUCACCUGUACCAUGUGUGAAGACUCUUAUCAUUAGCGGUCUUCCUUCUCCGAUCGAGGAGACAGGCUCAUCAGCAAGAAGACUGGUUUAAAGGUUUGUUUGUUGACAAUCAAAUGUAUAUUAGAACAGUUGGUAACAGACUAUAACGCAGGAAAUCAUCAGAAUAUCUUACUGGAUGACAGAAUUAUACUCCGGGUCAUCUCCUGUAUUUAAUUGCAGGAGCUAAUACAAGUAAAGACUGAACAGAAAUACUCUAAAAUAAACCAAAUGCCUUAAAGAUAAUAGCCACAUAUUAUUUAAUAAAGCAGAUAGCUUAUGACACAGGACCCAUUACCAGACCAGGCCCAGACAUUCUGGCUACAGUGGGUGGAGGCCGCGUUCCCUGAUCUCGACUCUCGCGCCUACUUCCUGCCUCCUGUCUACGUCAACCGCGUGCCCAUGACUAGACAGGCAGCUGCUGGUCAGGAGGUUCUCGUCCUUACAUCAGCACCUGGACAGGCUGGUCAGUCUAACCAAGUGCCGACGAGUUCAUCCUCUGCUGCUCAUCCAUUCAUUCCUCAGCCUCCUCGCCUUCAGGACAGUGACGUCAGAGACGAUGCUGCCAUGCACAGGAUGUUUGUUUGUCUCCAGAAAAUGUUUGAAGAGAACAGCGAUGUGAUGGUUGGACUGACUCAGCUUCAGUUCGGACAGUACCUCGGUGAACCUUGUUACGCUGCCGCCGCUACCCACCUACCCCGACCCUCCAACCUUCCUCCUUCUCUACCUAACAACUGGAAACAGGGAGACUUUGAUGUGCUUCUGAUUCACCGACAGCACGGACUGGUAGUCUGUGAGGUGAAGGCAGUGGGUGACAAUAUCCAGUCUGUAAACAUGUCACAACAGGAUGUAGACAACAACAUUAGACAGAAACUGAGUAACGCCGUGUCACAGCUGGACAAGGCGGAGGCCAUGUUGUCUCACCUGGUGUCCGACAUCGCUCCCGGUCUGCCCGUCACUAAGGUCAUCGCCUUCCCCAACCUCACGGCUCGUCAACUUCAACAGGCCAUCUCCGGUGACAGCCUCCUCAUUCAGAAUUGGGUCAGAACAACAGAUCCCUCCAACAUCCCAGGUCUGUGUCUGUGCUGUGAUCAGUUGUCUGAUCCCAAGACCCCGUGUGACGUCAGUAGUCACAUGCUGAGAGAACUCGGACACUGGUGGCAGCGACGUGUGGCUGGGGCUGGACCUGUCAGUCACACGACACCUGAGUUGUACAAGACACUGGUAGCCAGCAAAUAAUGAAUGGAAGUGAUCAGCAUUAGAACUGUGGACAGAGGGAGGUGAUCAAUUAUUUCUACAUUCUUUGUCAAUUUUGUUUACAAUUCAGUGGUAACUAAAUUAAUCCCUCACAUUAUUAGUGUUACAAAGUCUACAAAGUCUCAUUUUGCCGACAUUUAUCAUCAGGAAGGCAGUUGUUCAAUGUCACAAACCUUAUAAAGGGAGACAAUCAUGGGGAGUAAGUAAGUUUCAAUAAGUUUCUAGUUAAAGGUGUCAACAACACUGACGUCCCUUUAUAUGUCUGGACAUUUGCAACUAUGAUGAGUGCACUGUGUGAUGUCUGGUUCACAAAAAGAGUUCCUCUGGUCAACAAACUUUGUCUCCAGUCACUAUUUCUACCAGAAGCCAGGAGAAUAUCUACAGGAAUCGUCCAGAAUGUGGAGAGACACGUGAUGACCACAACAGGGACGUUGUGUGAAGGCUGCACGUGCCCUCACCCUACAGACUUGUGGGAUACAACGACACUUUGUCUACAGGACGAGUGGUCAGGAAACUACAACCGGACAAACAUCUUCACAGACGCUAGCAUGACAGUCACGUGAUUACUGGCCGUUACACUCGUCCUCACUAAUGUAUGUAACUUAUUUAGAAACCGGAUAUUAGGCUACAGGAACUACAGAACACAAUCAGCUACUGUUCACGUUUAUCUUUCUCUCUGUAUGUCGAGGUGGUCGCCUACACACAAUGUUUGAAGACUCGGCUACACAGCUAAGAAUAAUCCGUGUACAUCACAGUCCUUGUCUUGUUCUCGUCGUUUUAUUGCGGGUACAUUGUACUCAGCUGCUUACUUUACACACAAUUGUAUUUAGCUCUUAGCUGUUAAUACACAAGGUCCUUAGUUCAUUUUGUUUAUUCCUUGUUACUCCUCGGGGAGCAUAGGACCGCAACAAGACCUCGCCAGUCUUCUGUGUCUGGGAUGUUCUCUCAAUUUAUGCCUGGUGCGAAGACGGUCUUUAAGAACAUGUCUGACAAUACAAUGGCGACAUUGUAACAAGUUUAGAGAGCUAACCCCAAGUGGGCGAUGUCAGCAUCCUGACGAGAGCUGCAGUGGUGACGAUGUGCGAUGCUGGCUGAGACUAAAGUCGUCUGCCGCCCUUACAUCACGUGACUCAGGAUGCACUCAGUCCUCGUUAUCCAUAGUCUUACAUUUUAGUGACAGUCCUGCGCUGUUGUCUACCACAGAAUCCUGUCAUUUCUCUCUACCUUCAGCCUUCCGUGUCCUGUCACCAUGCUGUGAUACUUCACACACUGUGGUGAGUGUCAGUGACAGACACACUGACACUGUCUGAUCACUGUCAUGUCACAAGACAGAAAUUCAUGUUGUCCUCAAGAAUGAUUACAGACCUGUUUACUAAGCUCCAGUGUGACGUCCCAGAAGACAACUGUCAACAAUGUCUGGACAUCAGCCGUCUGCUCCACAACAGCGCCCUAAAGGAAGAGGAGGCAAACAACAUUGUAGAGGUCGUGGCCGGGUGGAAGUCUACCUACACACCGUGACUGACCAACAGACUGAGCUACUGACUGACACAGCGAACACACGUCCCCUGGAAGAGGUGAAGAAGAAGUCAGGCGCUGACGUGGAAUUUGACCCCAACCCCUCACCUGUACCAGGUGUGAAGCUUCUCACCAUCCGCGGUGAUGAUUCUCAGGUCAAAGCAGCAGUUAGUCUCAUCAAUCAGAAGACUGGCUCAAAGGACCCAUUACCAGACCAGGCCCAGACAUUCUGGCUACAGUGGGUGGAGGCCGCGUUCCCUG